GCCUGGGUGGACGGAUGUGACGCCACUGACGUGGCCGCGGGGAUCAGAGAGAAACGAGGACCUGGUUCUGAGGGGUCGGUUUGAGAUCGGCUGAGGGAAGCGGGCCCAGGCUCUGUGAGGAGGCAAGGUUUGCAGAGAACAGACCAGCCAGGAGGUCAGGAGGCCCCAGAGAAGCACUGAAGAAGACCUGCCUGUGGGUCUCAAUUGCCCAGCCCCGGCCCACACUUUCCUGCUGCCCUGACCUGAGUCAUCAUGUUUCUUGGGCAGAAGAGUCAGCCCUACAAGGCUGAGGAAGGCCUUCAGGCCCAAGGAGAGGCACCAGGGCUUGUGGAUGUGCAGAUUCCCACAGCUGAGGAGCAGAAGGCUGCAUCCUCCUCCUCUACUCUGAUCAUGGGAACCCUGGAGGAAGUGCCUGAUUCUGGGUCACCGAGUCCUCCCCAGAGUCCUGAGGGUGCCUCCUCUUCCCUGACUGUCACCGACAGCACUCUAUGGAGCCAAUCCGAUGAGGGUUCCAGCAGCAAUGAGGAGGAGGGGCCAAGCACCUCCUCGGACCCAGCUCACCUGGAGUCCCUGUUCCGGGAAGCACUUGAUGAGAAAGUGGCUGAGUUAGUUCGUUUCCUGCUCCGCAAAUAUCAAAUUAAGGAGCUGGUCACAAAGGCAGAAAUGCUGGAGAGUGUCAUCAAAAAUUACAAGAACCACUUUCCUGAUAUCUUCAGCAAAGCCUCUGAGUGCAUGCAGGUGAUCUUUGGCAUUGACGUGAAGGAAGUGGACCCUGCCGGCCACUCCUACAUCCUUGUCACCUGCCUGGGCCUCUCCUAUGAUGGCCUACUGGGUGAUGAUCAGAGUACGCCCAAGACCGGCCUCCUGAUAAUCGUCCUGGGCAUGAUCUUAAUGGAGGGCAGCCGCGCCCCGGAGGAGGCAAUCUGGGAAGCGUUAAGUGUGAUGGGGCUGUAUGAUGGGAGGGAGCACAGUGUCUAUUGGAAGCUCAGGAAGCUGCUCACCCAAGAGUGGGUGCAGGAGAACUACCUGGAGUACCGCCAGGCGCCCGGCAGUGAUCCUGUGCGCUACGAGUUCCUGUGGGGUCCAAGGGCCCUUGCUGAAACCAGCUAUGUGAAAGUCUUGGAGCAUGUGGUCAGGAUCAAUGCAAGAGUUCGCAUUUCCUACCCAUCCCUGCAUGAAGAGGCUUUGGGAGAGGAGAAAGGAGUUUGAGCAGGAGUUGCAGCUAGGGCCAGUGGGGCAGGUUGCGGGAGGGCCUUGGCCAGUGCACGUUCCAGGGCCACAUCCACCACUUUCUCUGUCCUGUUACAUGAGGCCCAUUCUUCACUCUGUGUUUGAAGAGAGCAGUCACCGUUCUCAGUAGUGGGGAGCAUGUUGGGUGUGAGGGAACACAGUGUGGACCAUCUCUCAGUUCCUGUUCUGUUGGGCGAUUUGGAGGUUUAUCUUUGUUUCCUUUUGGAAUUGUUCCAAUGUUCCUUUUUAAUGGAUGGUGUAAUGAACUUCAACAUUCAUUUUAUGUAUGACAAUAGACAGACUUACUGCUUUUUAUGUAGUUUAGGAGUAAGAGUCUUGCUUUUCAUUUAUACUGGGAAACCCAUGUUAUUUCUUGAAUUCAGACACUACAAGAGCAGAGGAUUAAGGUUUUUUUUUAGAAAUGUGAAACAACAUAGCAGUAAAAUACAUGAGAUAAAGAUAUAAAGAAAUUAAACAAUAGUUAAUUAUUGCCUUACUUGUACCUCUUAGUGUACCCUAUGUACCUGGAUUUGCUUGGCUUCUUUGAGAAUGAAAUUGAAUUAAAUAUGAAUAAAU